UAAAGAUCCCAUACAAGUAGACACACACAUGCAUACGUUCUCCCUCUCUCUCUCUCACUUAUUAUAUAUCGCUCUCUACUUUUAAUCUCCGUCUCUCUAUCACUUCUUACUCUAUCGUUUCAUUUAGUUUCACUCUCCUUACCUCUCUCACUUCAUUCAUUACCUUUUUUUCCCCCACCUUCCCUUCUCUAUUCUCUCUCUUUCCUCUAACACACAUUAUUAUUAUUAUUAUUAUUGUUGUUGUUGUUGUUAUCCCUUUUCUCUUUCUGCCAUUCGUUCGUUCAUUCAUUCAUUCAUUCAUUCAACAUCUGUCUCUGGUCUCCGUCAGUCAAACUGGAUGUUAACGUGAUCAAUUAUCACCAAUGACCAGAUCACCAAGAACUGAAUGCCAUAUGUUGGAGACUGUAAAGACAACCCCCAAAAUGCUUGAACAUCACAACAGUGGCACCCCAGUCAAAGAAUCUUUAUAAAUAAGGAACUCACAAAACAGCGUAACUUAACAGUGGGUUUUUUUUUGGGGGGUUUUUUCUGUUCAACAAAAUACCAAAUACAGAAGAAGCAGCAUCUCUGUGAUAUCAAUCACAAUAUUAACUGCAACAUUAACCUAUGAUAGAUGUCCAUUAUUUAUUCAUUGUGCCUGAAUAAUUGAUUACCAUGAUCCCAUAUAUCCAGACCAGACCCAAUCGAAGAAUUUACAGCCGCAGUUUGGAGGCUGCCCGUAUUGUCUUAGUGGUGUUGGAACUUACUGUGUCGGUGAUCAGUUUUAUCACUAUUAUGACGUUCGGUUAUUUACUGAAACAUUUUCGCUGGCGUUGCCCGCUCUUCAGUCAAAUGGUUGUCGAAAUAGUUCCGACUGAAAUGAGCAACGAAACCAUAUUGCUCGAAGGUCACACGGAAUGGGGGAAGAAAGAAGAGUGCUGGUUCACUCUGUCUGUUAGCAUUAUCAUAACCCUGUCCAGUUUUAUAUGGGCCUGGCUGCAUCUGCACUUCAAAAGAAGGAUCCACCAAGAAGGGGUGUCACAUUCCUAUGUGUUCUUAAGCGUUAUAUGCGAAUUCAUUUUGUUUUUCUUCUCCCUUGUGUCAAGUCUUAAAAUUACCACCGGAGAAGAUGUUUGGUGUGAGAAUUUAGUGAGGCAUAUUCCGUAAGUAUGUUUCCAUUCUUCA